AGUUGUCAGUUUGCAUGUCAUCAGCAGUUGUCAAAAAUGUCGGCCAACAAGGAAAAUAACCUUGUUCAAGCUUAUAUCGAAUUAAAUAAGUUUUGUCAGAAUGGAGACUAUGACAGAGCGUUAAAAUCUGCAGGAAAACUGUUACAAAUCGCUCCUGGUGAGCAGAAAGCCUUCCACUGCAAGGUUAUUUGUUUCAUUCAGCUGCACAACUUCAAGGAGGCUCUAGCUAUUCUUUGCAAUCCCAAAAAUGCUGCAUUAGCUGCUGACCUGCACUUUGAGAAGGCCUACGCUCAGUACCGGCUGAACUGCCCCAACGAUGCCCUCGCCACUGUUGAUGCUGCCCCAGAGUUGACUCCAGCUCUUAAGGAAUUGAGGGCUCAAAUCCUGUAUCGGUUAGAGCAGUACCAAGACUGUUACAACUUGUACAGAGACCUGGUAAAGAACACCAAUGAUGAGUAUGAAGAUGAGAGGAAAGCCAACAUGGCCGCUGUGGUGGCUAACUUGGCAGAACUUAACCCGACAAGUGAGUUCGCCCAAUUUGAUGAGACCACCUACGAGCUAGCCUACAAUGCGGGCUGCACCCUGGCCCUGCGUGGCAAGUACAGUGAGGCUCUGCCCGUGCUGAAGAAAGCUGAACAGACCUGCUCCGAGAGUGUUGUUGAGGAUGGAGGCACUGAGGAAGAAGCUAAAGAGGAGGCUGCUAUCAUCCGGGUCCAGCAAGCCUUCUGUCUACAGCAGAUGGGCAAGGAGAAGGAGGCCGGGCUGAUCUACCACAACGUGCUGAAAGACAAGCCCAGCGACCAGGCACUGGUGGCCAUUGCUAGCAACAACUUGGUCGUUAUUAACAGGGACACGAACGUGUUCGACUCGCGCAAGCGCAUGAAGGCGGCCGCGGCGGACGGGCUCGAGCACAAGCUCAACUCCCGCCAGCGCGCCGCCGUCACCUACAACCAGGCCAUACUCGCUAUAUACUCCAAUCAGCCGGACUUCUGCAAGCAGUGCUGCGUGAAGCUGACGCGCGAGUUCAAGCAGGAGCGCCGCGCCGCGCUCGUGGAGGCCAGCUCGCUGCUGAAGGAGAGCAAGCGCGGGGCGGCGGCCGCGCUGCUGCUGCGGCACGGGGGCGCGCUGGCGCUGGGCGCGGCGCACGUGCUGCUGGCGCAGGGUGACCGCAAAGCCGCGGUGAAGCUUCUAGAAGAGUCGGAGUUCAAGUACCGGCCGGCGGUCAUUUCCGUGCUGUGCACGCUGCUCUGUGCCGACAACGAGUAUGAGAAGGCGUCGCAACUGUUCAAGGACGUCUACAAUCAUUAUAAGAAUGAUGAGGUGAAAUUCGCGGCCCUCCGCAUGGUAUGGCGAGCAGCAGCCGACAUCCACAUGAAGGCGGGCGACUCGGCCGCGGCCGCCGAGGCCCACGAGGCUUUAGCCCGAGCCGCGCCUGAAGACAAGAAGACACUGGCGAAGUUAGUGAAGGCACUGGCAGCCGCUGAUCCCCAGCGGGCGAAGCAACUGGCCACUAGACUGCCGCCGGUCGAGGAGUUAGAGUGCAAGAUCGACAUUGAAGCGUUGGAGUCUUCCAAAUGGAUGAUGGGUGCCAAGGUGGUGAAGAAAACUGUGCAAAGCAAGCAGGAACAAUCCCCUGGAACCCCUGGCUCCGAGUUGACCAACAAGAAGACCCAGAAGAAACGCAAGCGGAAGACGAAGCUGCCUCCCACCGCCGACCUGUCGCGGGCGCCCGACCCAGAAAGAUGGCUUCCCAAGUACGAGCGCACUGCGUACCGCAAGCGUCGCGGCGUGCGGCGUGACGUCAUCAAGGGCAGCCAGGGCAUGUCCACCACUGCCACUGACCAAUAUGACAUGAGCAAGGUCCACGCCAGCGGUGGGUCCGCGGCCUCGGCCAAGAGCCCUCGUGUCGAAGCCAAGCCCAGCAGCGGCGAGAGCGCCUGGCAACGCAAGCAACAGCAGAAGAAGAAGGGGAAGAGGCGAUAAACGU